AUGUCUAAGGCGUUGACGAACUUUGCUCAACUGGCGCAGAAUGUCAAAAAUGCCUCGUCCAAAUUUACUGGCGCCGCCGCUGAAGGCAGCCGCCUGAUCCCAUCAAGAACCAAGGACGAGCAAUUCCAAUUACGGAUCGACGCGGGUCAUUACAACGACAACACGAAAGGUCUGAAUGUAAAUUUACAGGUCAAUUCUCAAGCCAAGAGUCCAGCACUGAAGGACUGGGUCAAAAAAAAUACAACCCACGAAAACCUUGCGACUGCGACUUUCAACACCACGGCCGAGGACAAAAAUGCGGAAUAUGUUCGAGUAGUGAACGAGUUGGUGCAAAAAGGAAAACAGAAGCUUGGCUAA